CGGGUUCGCGUCUCAGCUGAAUAAUACACGUCGUGGGCGUCGUGGCCCCCGGCCACCCCGGGUUCCCCGACGACCCUCAGUGGCUCAGUAUCAUGCGCAUAGGGGUGGAACGAGCCUCGCCGCGGGUACGCGAGAGUCCGUUUCCGUUAUAUCGUGGUCAAUAUUUCAGUCACGGCCCGAGCACGGGGGGAUCGAUAAUGUGCUCGCGUGUGAGAGGCACGGCGUAAAAUAGAAAUUAUGAAUGGCAGAAAUAGGCGCGGCAGCGAUGCGGCCGCUCCGUUAAAAGGUCCCAGUCGAGGACGUUGCGCGCGUCAGAAAUCGAAAGGGCAUCAGUAAAAGGUUUCCCUCUCUUGCUUGUUGGAAGACACGCGAGGUUGUGGAUUCGUGGUGGUAUCCCCGCGACGGGACCGUCGCCGAUCGGAUCUUGUUGAUGGGGAGGACCCUCGGGGAAAGCAUGAGAUGCGAAGUAACAGCCGCAGGAGAAGCGCGAUCAGCCCGCUGACACAGAAGAUCAAGGCUCCUCAACACCUGCUGCGACUGAAGGAGGACGAGGGCGAUGGGUGCGAGGAGGACGAAUGGAACGAUCGCUUCCGGCUGCCCAGUUUGCCGCGGCAGAAAUCGUGGAAGGACGACGAUGCCCCGUCCAACGGUAACAGCGCGGCAACGUCCGUUUCCUGGUCGCAGGAGGUGGAGAGCGUGGCGACUCGUAGACUGGAGCAGCAAUGGGCGACCGUGGAGAGGACCCUCUACGAGGAGGACGAUCAGCUGUUCCAAGAGUCCGCUUUGGACGAAUGUAUACAGUGGAGAUCGCAGAUACCGUACCUAAGGAUAGUCGGCAAGAAUCCGGCUGCAACGAGCGACUGUGAACAGCGGGAGGUUGGCUCGAGCGACAAAAAGACGAAGAGACGUGAUCCGCAAAACGAUGAACCAUUCGCCGAACGCAAUUUUUCGAUAAAGGAGGGAGAGGAUUCUGCGCAAUACAAACUGAACAAAGCGAAAUUCGAAGAUGUUCUCGACAUGAUGAUGGAGCAUGUAAUCUCGGAGUUUUUUCCUAACGAGAAGAGCGAUACAGAUUCCUUGCACGAUGACCUAAGUGACGCCCUGAGAAUAGCCCCCGCUCCCGUUCAUGGUAAUAGAAAUUCGUCAAGGAACUCAAAAGCGAAUUGGACGGAGGAAGCAAUCUCGCCGAAUUAUAUCGAGAACAAGUCUAUAAGCAUAAGAAACCGAUUGCUGGAUACCGAAAGCUCCCUUCAGAUAACAAAGAACGAUGCGAACCAUCAAGGAGUUCAGAAGACGAGGAAUUCAAUCUCCGCGAACAAACUGAAAAACUUUGAUGAUGCGGGAGAUGACGACGCUUUGAGGGCCAAGGAACGCUUGUGCACGCCACAUAUAGGCAGAAAUAAGCUUGGCACUAUUUUUAACGAGAGGAUCGUUGUAAGCCCCGUGCCUUUUACGGUGUCCACACGAGAAAGCUUCUCUACUUUAAAGACCGUCCCGAUUAAGUUUAUGUACGAGAAUUUGGAAAUCUCUUCCCGCCAAGGAUCAGCUGGCUACGUUGGCUUCCAAGGUUCCGCGAGAAGAUCGGGUGCAUUGAGGAAUCCAAAUAUUCAUUCCGCCUGGCAAGCUCCCGUCUCUCCUACUGUUUGGCCGAAAAAUAUUCGACUCGCUCCCAUAGACACUUCAAGGCUUCCUAGCAGCAGAAAUGGAUCAUUGGCACCGUCGCCUGCUGCCCUGCACUGCAACAGAAAACCCUUGAGCCCGAUAUCUCGAGCAACGAUGCCGAAAUCCGCCCACGCGACUCGCGAUCGUAGCGGCGAUUUUUUGGCGAUUCAAGGGAAGCACAUCGUUCCGGCGCAAUCGAGGAUCAGCUUGCUCUCGGCUGGCUGGGACUGCACUCCCAGAGUGGCCAAAGGCAAGAAGAAGAAAGUCCGAGCGACGGAGAGACUCUGAGAAAAAGCUUAACGCGACGAAAUCGGAAGAAGCGCUUUGAACACAGCUUGCAUGCGAGAAAUAUAUUUUUAACAAAUGUUCGAUAUGUGUAUGCUGCGUGUAAAGCCGAGGAGUACAAAAUGUUGCUUUGACGCGUUUCGGUUUCGCAUCAGGAUAACGCUUGAAGCACGAUGAAACGCUUUAAGAAGUAUAUACAUAUAUUUAUCGUGUAAAAUGUAUUUACGGAAGAUGAUCGUCGCACGCGUAUACGCGCGACGUUUUAUUUUAAAUACCGUUGUUCCGCAGAUAAUACUGUCUCUACCUCACCGCGCGUCCGUGUUGUUCAAGUGUUCUACACGCUUACCGCGAAUGGAUAUAUUUUUGUAUGCCGCACUAUUAUAAAUUUAUUGGAUGUGAAUAAAUAUAUAUAGCAAUGUUGUUGGAUAAAUGUAA